AUGCCGCACAUCGACGAGGAUAUUAGCCUGGAUGCUAAGGAGCUCUGGCGACCUUCAUCUCCUGAGAAAACACAAAUCUACGAUUUCAUGACCAAAGUGAGCAACAGGCAUGGACUAUCAUUGUCCGAUUACAAUGAUCUCUGGCAAUGGAGCAUCUCAGAACCGGCCAAGUUUUGGGAAGAAAUCUGGCACUAUACAGGAAUUAAAGCCCAUGAACAAUAUCGCCAGGUUCUCCAAUCCGAUCAAGCGCUUUUCCCUCGACCGGCGUUCUUCGAGGGGAGCACCUUGAAUUUUGCUGAGAAUCUCCUCUACCCGGUCAGCAUGCCGGAUGAGAAUUCUAUCGCCGUGAUCGGUGCCACCGAAGCUGAUCGCGAAUUCAUUUCAUGGAAGGAACUUCGCGAACGAGUUCGAAAGUGCGCCAAUGCCCUUAAAGAAUCAGGCUUGCAGACCGGUGACCGUGUGGCUGGCUUUGUCGGCAACCAUGCCAACACUGUUGUGGCAAUGCUGGCUGCUGCGUCUAUUGGUGCUUUCUGGACAGGCGUCUCUCCAGAUACUGGAGUUCAUGCAGUUCUCGAGCGCCUUAAACAGAUUGAGCCUAAGAUCCUGUUUGCUGACAAUUCAUCACUGUACAACGGCAAGGUGCAUGGGUCUCAUGCUAAGGUGCGCGAACUAGUUUCCGAAUUGCCGGAUUUGGAGAUCUUGGUAGUAUUUGAGACCUCCAAGUCUCUGGAAUUCAGUUUCGAUGAACUCCGUCCACAGAACGGCAAGGCCAUGACUUAUGAUCAUUUCGAAGCUGCCGUUCAAGAUCAAUCAGCCCCCUUACAAUUCGCUAGUUUGCGGCCAGAUCACCCGGUGUAUAUCCUGUACUCUUCGGGAACUACUGGUGCACCUAAACCCAUUGUGCAUGGUUCACUGGGCACAUUGUUGCAGCACAAAAAGGAGCACCUUCUGCAUUGCGAUAUUCGGCCAGGUGACCGGCUGUUCUACUUCACAACAACAACUUGGAUGAUGUGGCAUUGGUUAGUCUCUGGGUUGGCAAGUGGUGCGACUAUUGUCCUUUACGAUGGAUCCCCAUUCCGGCCUUUUGAUAUUGAGGGAGGCAGUGGAGAAAUGGCCAUGCCACGUCUCAUCGGUGAGCUCCAGAUCACUCACUUCGGCACUUCGGCCAAGUAUCUCUCAAUGCUAGAGCAAGCGGCGUUGAAUCCCCGUAAACAUGCUCACCGACCAGUCCCUCUCAACACUCUCAGGGCGAUCUUCAGCACUGGAUCUCCCUUGGCCCCAUCCACAUUCGAGUACAUUUACUCUUCUAUCCACCCGGACAUUAUGCUGGGCUCCAUUACGGGUGGCACGGACAUUCUCUCCUUAUUCUGCUCUGGCUGCCCAAUUCUCCCCGUCUAUAAGGGGGAAAUCCAGUGCCGCUCUCUUGGUAUGGCAGUCUCCGUGUUUGACUACGCCGGGAAUGACAUUAGUGCCUCGGGAGAACCUGGUGACCUUGUUUGCACAGUACCUUUCCCAGCUCAACCGGUCAUGUUCUGGCCACCCGGUCCUAAAGGCCAGGAAAAGUACCGCAAGAGUUACUUUGAAGUCUUCGGCCCUUCAAUUUGGCACCAUGGAGAUUUUGUACGCGUGAACCCACAAACUGGUGGUGUGGUCAUGCUCGGACGCAGCGAUGGUGUCCUGAAGCCUUCUGGCGUUCGUUUCGGGAGCGCGGAGAUCUACAAUGUUCUUCUCAAGCAUUUCGCUGAUGAAAUCGAAGACUCUUUGUGCGUUGGGCGAAGACGCGAGGGCAUCGACACUGAUGAAACGGUGGUCCUCUUCAUGAAGUUGGCUCCUGGUAGUCCUUCCAGUGUGCCUGAUCUGGCGGCCCGUAUCCAAGCUAUCAUUCGCAAAGAGCUAAGUCCCCGCCAUGUUCCAGGUAUCAUUGAUGCUUGUCCUGAGAUCCCAGUGACUUCCAAUGGCAAGAAGGUCGAGAACGCGGUCAAGCAGAUCUUGUGCGGGCUCAACAUUAAGAUCGGUGCCAGUGUUGCCAAUGCUACUUGUCUUGAUUGGUACCGUGAAUGGGCUUCGGAACACCUAUAA